AAUCAGAAUCUUCUGACCUAUUAUGGUAAUGGCCGUGACAGGCUGAUACCCAGGAUGCAUUGCGUUUUGAGGCUGGUCUGCUAGAGCUAAGAUGACCGACUUUGAGGAACCGCUCUCCGACGAGGAGAAGGUCCGCAUAGCAGCAAACUUUGUUACCCAUGCUCCACCUGGCGAGUUCAACGAAGUGUUCAAUGAUGUGCGGCUUUUACUCAACAAUGACAACCUCCUCAGGGAGGGGGCAGCUCAUGCCUUUGCCCAGUAUAACAUGGAUCAAUUUACCCCUGUAAAACUGGAAAAUUCGGAGGAGUCGGUUCUGAUUACGGAGCAUGGGGAUUUGGGUCAGGGACGCUUCUUUGACCCACGGAGCCGCAAGUCCUUCCGUUUUGAUCACCUGCGUAAGGAGGCCAGUGAUCCGCAACCUUACCAGGGUGAGACCUCCCUGCACUCCUGGAGGGACGCCUGUGACGCUGCACUUAGUGCCUACGUCAAGGAGCAUUACCCUACUGGAGUGUGCACGGUAUAUGGAAAAACAGUGGACGGUCAGAAGACCAUUAUUGCCUGCAUCGAGGGACAUCAGUUUCAGCCUAAAAACUUCUGGAAUGGGCGCUGCAGAUCAGAAUGGAAGUUCACCAUCAACCAGCCUUCCUCUCAGGUGGUGGGGGUGCUGAAAAUCCAGGUUCAUUAUUAUGAGGAUGGCAACGUGCAGUUGGUUAGUCAUAAAGAGGUGGAAGAGUCCAUCAUAGUCACUGAUGAAGAGACGACUGCCAAGGAAUUUGUAAAAAUCAUUGAAAAUGCAGAGAAUGAUUACCAGACGGCCAUCAGCGAGAACUACCAGACAAUGUCGGACACAACCUUCAAAGCUCUGCGCAGGCAGCUCCCCGUCACCCGCACCAAGAUCGACUGGAACAAGAUUCUCAGCUACAAGAUCGGCAAAGAGAUGCAGAAUGCCUAGAACGUGGCUGGUUCCAGCUCUCUUCCUCUCUCGACACAGAACCGGUCAAAAAGAAAACCACAUGCUGUUCGCUAAUCAGAGGGAGACCCCCCCGCCCCCCCCUAUCCUGAAAGAGAAAAAAAAAAACAACCAAAAAAAAAAAACAAAAGUCAAGGAACUUGCUCUAUCAAUGUUACUAAGAGGAUGUGAUUCCAUUCAAUUUCGGGUUUGUUAAAGGACUCAGCUAAUGAAGGAGGGUCGGACAUGAGUUUAGAGGGAGUCUGGAUCUAAAUUACUGGCAAAUCCGAUGCCAUUAUUUCAUUUAUGUGAAUUCAUCUGACCCGUCUAUCAAAUUCUUUUGAAAGGGUGUACAGUGUAGGUUUUUUUUUUUUUUUUUUUUGGUGUCGUGAGCUGCAAUGGUUUGGAAUGUUUGUGAGUAUGGUUUAAUUGUCCUAAAGAGAAGCAGAGAACUGCUGUCUGUCUCGCUCAGUAACUACUGACUGCAGUACAACACUCAGAACAAACCUCCUCCUCUUUCAGUGUCAGCGUGUGUAAGGAGGGAGGGCUUGUGUCUGAGUGUUGGAAUCGGUCUUUGUCUUAAUGCCUCACUCUUAGUACCUCCCUUCUGUAACUUAAACCCUCCCAGAAAAAGAAGACAUUCAAAAUAUGUUAUGGAUUCCUGAAUUAAUAAAAGAAAAGAAAUCAGUAGUCCUCUUUCCCAUGGCAGAGAAAUCACGGUUAACCCUGAGUUACAUAUUUAUACAUACAGAUGUUAUAUUUUACUAAACAGUCCUUAAAACCCACGCUAGCAUUCUUUUGUUGUAGGCAUCCUGUGUGCUUUGGGGUGUCCAGAAUUGAGUCUUACAUUGCAAACAGCAAAUCGGAGUUGUUCUAUGCACUCUACUGUCCUGGAGCGGAAGGGAGCAUCAUCAGUGUUGCUGUCGCAUGUUCAUGUCAUGGUACUGUUCGGUGCUUCACCACUGUAAAAUUCACCCUGAUCACAGAAGCAUUGUCAUACUGUAUAAUAUCACUCUCAUGUCACCUCUUUGUCUCUCUCUGUCCUGUAACAAAGCUCUUAUGCUGAUUUUAGCAAAGUCUAUGCUACACUCACAGGUAAUAAAGAAUUGGCACCAAGCUGA